AUGUUUACUGAAGUAGCCCAGCCGGACGAGUAUCAGGCGAUAGACUUUACCGUAUACAAAAGCGCUAAGGUGAUGAGCCCCCCUGAUAUGCCAGACUACAUGCUGGAUUACACGAUCACCAAAGCGAAGGAACUCCUACAGGGCGACAACGACUUCAACGCUCACGAAAUAGCGGUAGCACUAAAAAGAGACUUGGACAAGAAAUGGCAGCCCUGCUGGUAUGCAGUGUAG